AGAGGCCGGUAGAGGACUGUGAAGGAAAAGUUCUCCCCCAGGAUGGACUUCACCGCGCAGCCCAAGCCUGCCACGGCCCUCUGUGGCGUGGUGAGUGCCGAUGGGAAGAUCGCUUACCCUCCCGGAGUGAAGGAGAUCACUGACAAGAUCACCACGGACGAAAUGAUCAAGCGAUUGAAGAUGGUAGUAAAAACUUUUAUGGAUAUGGAUCAAGAUUCAGAAGAUGAAAAGCAGCAGUAUCUCCCACUAGCCUUGCAUCUUGCAUCUGAAUUCUUCCUCAGGAACCCUAAUAAAGAUGUACGUCUCCUUGUAGCUUGUUGUUUGGCUGACAUAUUUCGCAUAUAUGCCCCAGAAGCUCCAUAUACUUCCCAUGAUAAACUUAAGGACAUAUUUUUGUUUAUUACCAGACAAUUAAAAGGUUUGGAGGAUACAAAGAGCCCACAAUUUAAUAGAUACUUUUAUUUAUUAGAGAAUUUAGCUUGGGUUAAGUCGUAUAACAUCUGCUUUGAAUUGGAAGAUUGCAAUGAAAUUUUUAUCCAGCUUUUUAGGACUCUCUUCUCAGUAAUCAACAAUAGCCACAAUAAGAAGGUACAAAUGCACAUGCUAGAUUUGAUGAGUUCUAUCAUCAUGGAAGGAGAUGGAGUUACUCAAGAAUUAUUGGACUCCAUUCUUAUUAACCUCAUACCUGCACAUAAGAAUUUAAAUAAACAAUCCUUUGACCUUGCAAAAGUCUUGUUGAAAAGGACAGUCCAGACUAUUGAGGCGUGCAUUGCUAAUUUCUUCAAUCAAGUCCUGGUGCUGGGAAGAUCAUCAGUGAGUGAUUUGUCAGAACAUGUUUUUGAUCUGAUUCAGGAACUUUUUGCUAUAGAUCCUCAUUUAUUAUUAUCUGUCAUGCCGCAGCUUGAAUUCAAAUUGAAGAGCAAUGAUGGAGAAGAAAGAUUAGCUGUUGUUCGACUUUUAGCAAAAUUGUUUGGCUCUAAAGAUUCUGAUUUGGCAACUCAAAAUCGUCCUCUUUGGCAAUGUUUUCUUGGACGAUUUAACGACAUUCAUGUUCCUGUGAGAUUAGAAAGUGUAAAAUUUGCCAGUCACUGUUUAAUGAAUCAUCCAGAUUUAGCAAAGGACCUUACAGAAUAUUUGAAGGUUAGAUCACAUGAUCCAGAAGAAGCUAUUCGUCAUGAUGUCAUUGUUACUAUCAUAACAGCUGCCAAAAGAGAUCUUGCCUUAGUAAAUGACCAGCUACUUGGCUUCGUAAGAGAAAGGACACUGGAUAAACGGUGGAGAGUAAGAAAAGAAGCUAUGAUGGGUCUGGCACAACUUUAUAAAAAAUACUGUCUUCAUGGUGAAGCAGGAAAGGAAGCUGCAGAGAAAGUCAGCUGGAUAAAGGACAAACUUCUACAUAUUUAUUAUCAGAACAGCAUUGAUGACAAACUGUUAGUAGAGAAAAUUUUUGCCCAGUAUCUUGUUCCCCACAACCUGGAAACAGAAGAAAGAAUGAAAUGCUUAUAUUAUUUAUAUGCUAGUUUGGAUCCAAAUGCUGUAAAAGCUCUCAAUGAAAUGUGGAAGUGUCAGAACAUGCUUCGGAGUCAUGUACGGGAACUAUUGGAUUUGCACAAGCAGCCUACUUCAGAGGCUAACUGUUCUGCCAUGUUUGGGAAACUGAUGACUAUAGCAAAGAAUUUGCCUGACCCUGGGAAAGCACAAGAUUUUGUGAAGAAAUUUAACCAAGUUCUUGGUGAUGAUGAGAAACUGCGGUCUCAGUUGGAGUUACUUAUCAGCCCAACCUGUUCAUGCAAACAGGCAGAUGUUUGUGUGGUUAGUAAAUGA